CAGAGGGCCAGGACAGGGGCAGAGUUAUAUUUCUCUGGAAGUGCACCGUAAUUCUUUCUGUCUUUUCUUUGAGUCCAGUCAGGAUGAAAACGGCACUGUUCAUUGUUUAUCUGCUUCCUGCGCUGACAGAGAUAGCACAGGCCACACCAGCAGGGAGCGAUGACCUUGUGGUCUCUCUGAAAAACGGCCAAAUCAGAGGGGAAUACGUGACAGUGAAGGGCACAGAGAGAAGGGUGAAGCAAUUCCUGGGAAUCCCUUUCGCUAAGCCCCCCGUGGGGCCCCUCCGCCUGGCUGCUCCCCAGGAUGCAGAGCCCUGGGAGGGGGAGAGAGACUGCACACACCAGCCCCCCAUGUGUAUCCAGGAUCCGGAAAUAGUUGUGAAUGUUUCUAGGACCAUGUCAAUGCAGUACACCCCUCCAGAGAUUUCAGAGGACUGUCUGUAUUUGAAUGUAUACACUCCAGCUGAAGCAACAGAAGGGGACAAACUGCCGGUGAUGGUGUGGAUCCAUGGAGGAGGUCUGUCAAUGGGUGCAGCUUCUCAGUACGAUGGCUCUCCAUUGGCCGCUUAUGAAAACAUAGUGAUGGUUAUUAUUCAGUAUCGCCUUGGCAUUCUGGGAUACCUGAGCACUGGAGAUGAACACGCUCAGGGCAACUGGGGUUUCUGGGAUCAGCUGGCAGCUCUGAGAUGGGUGAAGGAAAACAUUGAUGCCUUUGCAGGUGAUCCACAAGCCAUUACUGUUGCUGGAGAAUCCGCCGGAGGCAUCAGUGCCUCCAUACUGACUCUGUCUCCACAAGCCAAAGGACUGUUUCAGAGGGCGAUUUUUCAAAGUGGAGUAGCAACACUUGGGACCUACACUACAAGUCAUCCUUUGCACUAUGCCAAGAUUGUUGCCAAUCUUACUGGAUGUGACCGCAGCAGCACAGAGGAACUGGUCCAGUGUAUGAGAGGAAGAAGUAAAGACGAGUUAGUUGAAGCAACCAAAAAGAUGAAAAUUUACCUGGGAGCUGUGGUGGAUGGCAUCUUUCUGACUGAUGCAGCAGAGGAGCUUCUCAAGAGGAAAGAAGUGUUGAAGGUUCCAGUGAUGAUGGGAAUAACCAACCAUGAGUUUGGAUGGAUCCUCCCUCAGAGCUUUGCCCCUCCAGGCUGGGAGAACGGCAUGAGCAGAGAGUCUGUGCUGGCAGUGAUGAACAUGUUCAAUCCUGCGGGGACCUCUGCUGCCAACAGCCUCAUCGCAGAUGAAUACCUGAAAGACGCCAAAACACCAGAGGAGAUCAGAGACGGAUUCACUGAGAUCAUGGGAGACCUGCUCAUGACGCUGCCUGUCGUCAAGGUGGCCGAAUACCACUUAGAUGCAGACAUUCCAGUUUACAUGUAUGAGUUUGUGUACCGUGCUGUGAUACACCAACACACCAGACCCAGCUUUGUGAAGGCGGACCAUGCAGAUGAUGUCGGCUUCAUGUUUGGUGGAUGUUUCUGGAACGGACAUAUAAAAAUCAUAGGCAACAUUACCAAGGAGGAUGAAAGACUUUGCAGGACCAUGAUAGCAUACUGGGCCAAUUUUGUGCGUACUGGCUCUCCCAACGGUCCUGGUCUGGUCAGCUGGGCUCAGUAUUCCAGACAGAAGCAGGAGUACAUGGAACUGGGUCUGACACAGACUGUGAAACAGAAACUGAAGAAGGACAGGGUCCAUUUCGCUACUGUCACCCUCCCUCAGAAGCUGGAACAGUUAGCGGCAGCAGCCAAAGCUGGAAAUUGAUCUCUGCACGCUGCCAUAUUGUUCAUGCUGGUCCCAAGUUUGAUCUUUUCUUUCUUUCUUUUUUUUUCUUUUGAAAUUGAGUUCAAAUUCAGUUUGAAAUUAUUUCUGAAAGCAAACAGAAAUCCUGUAUUUGAAUGAUUGUGACAUGUCCCAUGAAUUUGGAAAUAAAAUUAUUUCCCAUUUGCGCACCAUGUAAAAUAUUAAAAAGAAGUGCAUAAACCCU